GGCGUUUGAGGGUUUGAGUGAAUGAGCACGUGAAUCGGCGCCGAAGUAGCGAAGCGAGUUUGUGAAAAAAUGGCAGCAGUGCUUACAUUAAACCCCAAGGCUGAAGUAGCACGCCACGCCCAGGCUCUCGCUGUCAACAUCAACGCUGCAAAGGGGCUGCAAAAUGUUCUUCGCACGAAUCUGGGCCCCACAGGCACGAUGAAGAUGCUCGUGUCGGGUGCCGGUGAUAUAAAGAUAACAAAGGAUGGCAAUGUCUUGCUGCAUGAAAUGCAAAUUCAGCUCCCCACUGCGAACCUCAUCGCUAGGGCUUCAACAGCACAGAAUGACAUCACUGGCGAUGGAACAACGUCAACUGUUCUCAUCAUUGGAGAGCUCCUCAAGCAGGCUGACCACUACGUUUCUGAGGGCCUGCACCCUCGCAUUCUGGCCGAUGGCUUUGAGAAGGCACUGGUGAAAGCGUUGGAAGUGCUGGAGACCCUGAAGAUCACCCCGAGUGAGGUGGACCGGGACCUGCUGGUGCGGGUGGCACACACGGCGCUUGCGACCAAGGUGAGCCCCGAGCUGGCUCAGCACCUGACGGAGGUGUGCGUGGACGCCGUGCUGGCGAUACAGAGGCCAGGAGAGGAACUGAACCUGCACAUGGUGGAGAUAAUGGAGAUGCAGCACAAGACCGACAUGGACACCCAGCUGGUGCGCGGACUCGUGCUGGACCACGGGGCGAGGCAUCCCGACAUGAAGAAGCUGGUCCGGGACGCCUACGUGCUGGCCUGCAAUGUGUCCCUGGAGUAUGAGAAGACGGAAGUAAACGCUGGCUUCUUCUACAAGUCUGCCGACGAGCGUGAGAAGCUGGUUCAGGCAGAGCGGCAGUUCAUUGAGAACAGAGUGCUCAAGAUCAUUGAGCUCAAGCGCAAGGUCUGUGAUACCCCGGAAAAGAACUUUGUCGUCAUCAAUCAGCAGGGUAUUGACCCCAUGUCUCUGGACCUUCUGGCCAAGGAAGGCAUUGUGGCCCUGAGGCGUGCCAAGCGAAGGAACAUGGAGCGGCUGGCGCUGGCGUGUGGCUGCAAGGCCAUGAACUCAUUCGAGGAGCUGACCCCAGACGUACUUGGCCAUGCUGGAGUCGUAUACGAGCAUGUGCUUGGCGAGAAUAAGUUCACCUUUGUGGAGGAGCUCAAGAACCCACGCUCGGUCACAGUGCUCAUCAAGGGACCCACCAAGCACACACUCACCCAGAUCAAGGAUGCUGUGUACGAUGGACUGCGUGCCGUCAAGAAUGCCAUUGAAGACGGUUGUGUGGUGCCCGGAGCAGGGGCCUUUGAGCUGGCAGCUCAUGCAUCCCUGACUGCGAUGCGUCCCACGAUUGAGGGCAAGACACAGCUUGGGGUGCAGGCGUUUGCGGAUGCGCUUCUCAUCAUCGUCAAGACGCUGGCGUCCAACAGUGGCCUGGAUCCACAGGAUGUGCUGGUGCGGCUGCAGAGAGAGCAGCAGCAGGCACAGCAGCCUAUUGGCCUCAACCUGCGCACUGGGGAGGCUCUGAUUCCUGCCAACGAGGGCAUAUUUGACAACUACUGUGUGAAGAGGCAGCUUCUCAACUCUUGCACGGUCAUCGCAAGCAACCUGCUGUUGGUGGAUGAAAUCAUGUUUGGCGGAACCAAGGGACCCAAAUAAACAGCUCGUACUAUCCCCAUCUGGACGCACUUACUGUUCUCUCUUCAUGUCUGCUUGUGCUGCUGCUGUCCACGAAUAAAUUAUUGUUUGUAGAUUUGGCC